CCGAUUUUAAAAAGAAACAUUGUUAGCUUUUGUGCAUAAUUUGUUACAAUUUAUUAAGUGCAUUUUAGACCUAUGGUCGAGAUUUUUUUCCACCGAGCGAAAGUCCAAAACUCAGGAUUCGAAUCGAUACAAGCCCUCGAGGAGGCCCUCAAGAUUGCUAAUUAACCCCUACCCAUACCCUACUCAAAGUGUUGUGUUCCUGCCGGUGAGUAAGGUUGCCAGAGCUCAACGAGGGUGGGAGGGGGUUAGGGUCGGCAACGCGCAUGUAACUCCUUUGGCGUUGCAGGCGUACUUAGGCUACGGAUGCUGCUUACCAUCAGGCAGGCCGUAUGCUUGUUUGCCACCGACGUAGUAUUAAAAAAAAAUUAAAUUUAUGGCAGUCGUAUUGUGAUCCAAAAAAUCAUAAAAAAUGUGAACAUACUGCAUGUCAUGAGAAGACCAGAUGAGCACAUGACAAAAAGUGCAAUAAAUUAAGCCUCCUAUCGGGACCAAAUCCUCGUGGCAGACCCCUUACUACAUGGAUGUCAUUUAUUAAAAAAGUCCUCUCCAAUAACAAUUUUCUAUGACAGUCUAAUUGCGGCCUAAAUAAUGAAAUGAAACUGCAAACCCUACGACAUUACGUCACAACACAUGGCAAAAGGAGCAAAGGGGAAACGCUUUACAAAAGGGGUUCUGGCUAUUUUUUACCGUACUACCUAUAUUUAACCUGAUAAAUUGUGAUUAGGUAUAUAGUCGUUUGGCGGUCAUCACACGAUGCGGAUUCAGGAUGUGUCGACGAUGUGAUAAUGAUAACCGCCUUAGAUUUAUUUUAUUCCUAAGUAUGACAUAAGAUUUUGUUUUUAUAUCUUUGCUUGAUGUUUACAAUCUCCGUUUAGGUAACUCGAGAGUAUUUAUUUUGUUAUCAUAAACUAAGGAUUACGGAAUCACGCUUACAGCCUGAAUUUUUCGUUCAACAUAAUUAGGCAACGUAGCUGAAAAUCUUUAUUCCAAACCUAGAGGUCAGAUAUUUUGGUCAAUCGUAUACCUAGGACAUCAGUCAGCUAGGUUCCAGAGUUAUGGUAUAACGUGCGGGUUGAGCUAUUGAGGGAAACGGGCACCUCGGCAGUCGGGGAGCAACCGGCGCGCCAUACACACGCCUCACGCCCUAUCGCGGACAACCCGAAGAUCGCGAUACAACUUAUCUCUUAUCAUCAUAACGCGCUUAUAAAAAAUGAUACAUCGAAUUACCUCACGAGUGCCCAGAUAACACGGUACCGUGAUAAGGCGUAAACGAUUUGAUUUAGUUGCAAUUUUGUUAGUCAUUUAAAAUACUAAGAAAAUUCGUGUUGUUUAUUAUUGCAAAACUUAAGUUAUCAGUUAGUUCAGUCAAUUCUUGUGUUAUUGUGAGAUAUGUUAUUAAGACUGUAAACAAGUAAUUUCUUUGCCUUUCCGUGAACUUAUUAACAAUGUUCAAAACAUUGUUAGUUCUUCCGCUAAUUUUAUUGUGCAGUGUAAACUGUGAACCGUGUAGAAGAAUUGAGACUGUAAACAUUACGUAUGGUGAACAAUUUGAGAACAAUUCAAUAUUCUAUGAUGGGGUGGAGUAUAUCGAAGGCUCGUGGUACGACAUUGAAGAAAACAAUGAGACUGUCAGGCUUGGUUGUCCAUGUAUUGGACGUACAUGUUUGUGGAAGUGCUGCCCAAGCGGUCAACUCUUCAUCAAUGGACAAUGCGUGGAAUAUGACUUAAAGGAAAUUAAUCCCUUCAGUCCACAGAUAUUCAAAGACAGCGAAAGCCUGGACAUAAGGGCACAUGAGCAUUUCUUCUAUAUGUACAACAAUAAGCUGUGUGAUUCUCGGUAUUUGGUUGACUCGAUGUUGGGCGAAGGAAUUUACAUUCAACAGAACGGCAGUAUGAUGGAGGACGUCGAAGGCCGUGUGCAGUGGCACAAGCCAGGCUACUUCUGUGUGGACAUUAUGAUCACGGACAACAUCAGUCGCCUUAUCGCUGGUCCAUGCCAUCCGACUGAGGUCCCGGUCGACGACGACAGCAAGACGCUUUACGCUAUGUAUGCUGCAGGUCUCCUCCUAUCGGCUCCAUUCCUCUUGGUCACGUUUCUGGUGUACGCGUUCAUCCCGGAGCUGAGGAACCUUCACGGGAUGUGCCUAAUGGCGUACUGUGCUGGACUUAUCGUGGCGUACCCCUUUUUGGCGUACCUUAAGAUGCACAGCGGUACUGUGGGUGUGGGGAAGACGGGCUGCGUUGUAAUAGCCUUCAUCGUCUACUAUGCGUUUCAAUCCAGCUUUUUCUGGCUCAACGUGAUGUGUUUCGAUAUCUGGCGAACAUUCAGAUCGGCCACUCCGAUUCCCUCCAGUACCGGAAACUCUCUGGGCUACCGAGGAGGCAGCAGUAAGAAGCGGCACGAGCAACGACGGUUCGCCAUGUAUGGGCUGUACGCGUGGGGAGUACCAUUGGUGCUCACUGCUCUCACCGCCUUCAUGCAGUUCGGACAACUGCCGAACUACAUCUUGAAGCCGGGACUGGGGGAUAUGAAGUGCUGGUUUGAAGAUUGGAAACGCGACCUUAUGUAUUUCUUCACACCAGUCCUGGUCUUGGUACUGUGCAACACUAUCCUGUUCUCUGUGACUGCUCACCGCAUCCGCUCUAUCAAGCAGGAGACGGCCAUCUUGAAGAGCUCGGAGUCGGCCAGGAGCGACCGUCUUAAGAAGGAUAAGCAAAGGUACGGCCUAUACCUGAAGCUGUUCAUGGUGAUGGGCGUGAACUGGUCGGUGGAGCUCAUCAGCUUCGCCGUGGGUGGCUCCAACUGGUACUGGGUCGUCGUGGAUCUGUCCAACGUGAUGCUGGGCUUUUUUAUCUUCUUUAUCUUCGUGUGGAAGAAGAAGGUGCGCAACUUGGUCAGGAAAAGCUGGAACAACUUCUGCGGCACGAGGACAGUCGCAGACGGGCUUGGAAAAUGGGCAACCCGGACGAGUUCGGCACCUACCGAAGACACUCGAGUAUCAGCCGACGAUACCGCCAUGCGAAUGAAAGAGCUCCACUAACCAUCAUAGAACCGGACGACAUGCCAUAUCAAAGCCAAAGAAUUCUCAGAAUAAAUGCGCAUCUAUAGUUUUAAGUAACUUAAGUAAAUAUAGUGUAAUUAAGUAAGUUAAUUAAAUUGCUUUUUCACAUCCUUUA